AUGGAUAAUUGUACCUCACAUAAGAUAUAUAGAGAUGCUGUUGAAUCUAACUGGUAUCUUGAUAUUCCUCCCACCCGCAUUAUAUCAGUCUUUGAUUUACCUAAUGCUGUUCCUACAUUACAUUAUACUAUACCAGUAGAAGGUGUGGUUGAACCUGUUACAUUGAUCAUUGACACAUCACUGAUAAAAGGGUUACAUCACUAUCGUGAAGCACUUAAGACUACUGUGACUUGUGAGCUCACUAAAGCAGUAGUUCAAGGUGAAGCUCGUGUUGGUAAAACCGCUUUCAAGUCACUCCUACUGGAUGAAACGUACGUCAAAGCAAGUACCAGCAUUGCUGAACCAAGAGUUGGUAUACAUCGCUAUAGAAAACAUGAAUCAUGUGAUACUGGGAAACGAUAUCAGCGAUUAAAAGUCACAGAGUUAGAAGAAAUAGUUAAAAAUGCAUUAAAAAAAGGUGCAAUAAAAAAAUUGGCCAGUUCUCCAGUAGUAGAUCAAGCUGGUGAUGGUAUAACCUCCAAAGGAAAGGAAUCACCCCACGUUAGGAAUAUAGGGAAUGAAACAACUGACAAGGCUGAUGCUAGAUCUGUUGACAAAUAUGCUAAUGGACCUAGAGAUGUGGAAGGAGUAUCUAAAUAUGAAAUGGGAAUGAGUAAAACAGUUGUAAAUAAAGUGCUUAAAGGAGUAAAGCAAUGUUCAGGGGAGGAGGAAAACCAUCUAGAAGGUGCACGAUGGCUAUACCUUAUAGAUACAGGAGGUCAAAUUGCAUUUCAAAAGUUGCUUCCAAUUUUUAUGCCGUUUGCUCAGGCUCUUAUUCUUGUAGUUAAUUUAUCAAAAGAUUUGUCUAGCCAAUCUACUUCAGUGAUGCACAUUGAAAGGAAAGAUCUUGGCGAUGGCAAAGAUCUUGGUGAUGACAAAGAUCUUGGCGAUGGCAAAGAUCUUGGUGAUGACAGUCCAUACAGUUUACCGGUUGAAGAAGUUUUGAAGCAAAUUAUUUCUUCAAUAGCUUCUGGUAUGCAGCAUUUCAGGGAUAGAUAUCAAGAAGAUGAGGCUCUACGCAAUUUGGUUCCAGAGAAAUUGAAGAUUUUCCCAAUAGGUACAUACGGGGAUGAAUGCAGUAAUCCAGCACAGUCUAAACACGCAUUGGCAAAAAAAUUGGCAGAAAUAAUUAAUGCAAACGAUGAUUGCGAAGCCUUUGGGGAUAAUCGUUUAGUUGAAGUACAUGAAAUUGAUGGUCGUAUCGCUAACACAGCUGUUGAAGAAAGAGAAUCCUAUGCUGAUUAUGAAGACACAAAGAGUACUUUGAAUAAAGUACAUGAGUUCUUGGAGAAAAAUAAAAAAGAAAUCAAGAUUCCAUUUUUUUACUACUUCUUUGAUAUUUUACUUCGUGUUGUAACAAAAGAUGGAUGUGGGGUCUUAAAAUUAUCCAAAUGCAUAAGUCUUGGGAAAGAAUUAAACCUUGAAAGAAAUGAUGUCUUGGAGUCUCUUAAGUUUUUGCACCAGAUCAACAGUAUCAUUUAUUAUGACAAACCUGAAGUCAGUGAUUAUAAAACUCUGGUGUUCGUUGACAUAGGUAGUCUUAUUGGCAUUCUCAAGAAAUUGGUUCAGCGUGUUUUCCAGGAUCACUCGAAUAAAGAAAUAUACAUUGGAGACAAGGAUGGAAUCAUAAAGGGAAUGCUUUCAGAGUCCGAGUUUGAAGAGAUUUGUAAAGAUCAACUCAAUGCCAUUACAAAAGAGCUAGAAAUUACUAAUAAAAUUAUUGCAACAAAAUUGCUGAAGCUUUUUGUGGAGCUCUCGAUAGCUACACCAAUAGAUGAUAAAUAUUUUAUACCAGCUCUUCUUCCUGUAAUAGAUGUUACAGAUAUCAAUCCUUAUAAUGAUCGUGAGCCAUUGCUGUUUUACUUCAAGAAGGCUACCCCAAUGGGCCUUUUCUGCUCCGUAGUUACUCGUCUCCUUUCCAGGUCUUGCUACGAAAUCGUUUCAACAAAAAUUGACAAUUUCUCAAAUUACAUCAAAAUGAAUCAUCGCAAGUCAUCAUAUCGUGUUGUUCUAGUUGAACAGGUCAAUUGCAUUGAAGUUCAUUGUGAGAAUGAGAGCAUUGAAUGCAGUGCAAGGAAAGAUGUAAGAGAAGCGAUCACUUCUGCAGCUGAAAAACAUAAUCUCAGUGAGAGUCAUAGAAAUCCUGAGAUCCGGUUUUAUUGUUCAUGUGAGCGUGGUCCUGCCGAAGGAGGUGUGGCUAAGGGUGAGAAGCAUACAGUAACAGUUAAUGAGGAGCGGUGUGUCUUUAGAUGCACUAAAACAGAAAAAAUAUGUGAUAACAAGAUAACAUGGAAGUCCUGGCUUCGUACUGGUACACCAAACACUCGUCCUUCUAAUGAUGAGUCAACUUCUCCUGCUACAAAACAAAGUACUCCACAAGGAAGUGCAUCUGAGACAGGAAGCACUGUGGGCUCUCUACAGGAAGCCAAAGAUCCAAAGAACAUACUAAAUAAAUAUUCGUAUAAUCUAUCUAAAGCCACGAGAGCUGAUGUUAACAAUGUUGCUAAUGCAUUGUUUGCCAAGAAGCUAAUAACACAAGGGACUAGAGAAUAUGUAGUGACAGUAGUUGGUGUAUCUGAUGGUCAGAAAGCUGAUAGAGUAAUGAAUGAUGUGAUGGAUCAGUUAGAAGCUUCUCUUGAUGCAACACGAUAUUUAGCUAAAGUGUGUCAUGUAUUGACUGAAAGAGGUGCGUCAAUGGAAGAGAUAGGAAAAGUUAUCCUUGAAGAACUAGGAUACCAACCAUCCUCCUCCUCAUGCUAG